AUCUAGCGAACAGUCGAUAUAACGCGUUGAAAUUUGCAUGAAGUGUGGUUAUUGUGGUUAAAUUGAUAAUCAUGAAGUUUACUUUGUACGCGUUAGUGCUUCUUGCUCUGAUUGGAUUAGUUUUCGCGAAACCCGCGGAAGAAGCAGAAGAAAAAAUCGAUUCUGCACCAAAGGAAACUGAAAAAAAAGUUGAGGAUAAACCUGCCAAUGCAGCCAAUGAUGCAACUGACAAAGAUGCCAAAGUGCGAAAACCUGAGGAUAAAGAGACUAAAGGGCAAAAACCUGAGGAAAAAAAUGAUAAAGCUGAAGCACCAAAACCCAACCUCGUGAGGGAUAUGGUAGCUUUUCCAGUUACUUUAUUGAGAGGCGGAGCGAAGUUGGCAGAAUCAGUAGUGGAUGGUUUCACCAAUGGCAUCAAAGGACAAAAGGGGGAAAAUGCUUAAGAGAAACAGAUCACCAGCAACAAAAAUGAACUCUACAGCAAAUCUUAAGUUUAUG